GCUCAGGACGAGUUAACGAAGAAUUCAAAGAAAGUUAAGAGGAGGCUCUGACUUGUAAAGUAGUCGAAGUGAAAACUUGCCGGCACAGUAGUCUGAUUAGAACCCCUCUGGGAACAGCUGAGCUACGAUCAUUCACUUCAUGGGAACCUCUCCUUUUCGUUGGUAUAGUAUAAUAAGUUAAAAGUAAAAUUUGAUGAAAGGAGCCGGUCCUAAAACAGACUUAAUCCACCCUGAAAAAAGGCAGCAGCAGGACAUUGUCAGCGAGCCAGACCCCCACGCCAACCCCUUUCGAUGGACGUGCAGGUUAGACUCCGCCCUUCCGCUGCUCUCGGCUAUUUCAGCGCAGUCCUUCUGCCUUUUCUACCACAAGACUUUGUAAAGGCCGACAGAGACGGAAUAAUGCCAGCGGCUUCUCAAAUGGGAUUUGGAGACUUCUUGUUUGGGAAGACUAUGGGCCUUCCUCAGGGAUACCAGAACGUGCUAUUGGGAUGUGCACCGCCAGUUUCUCAUCCAUCGGCACCUCCGAAUUCUUUCCUGCCGCCUACUGGGGUGCAGGGUUACCGCUUCAUUCCCUACCCACACAUGACUCCAGUGGGCCAACUGAGUCCACCCUUUGACCUGAAGGCUGCAUCUCCCUAUCACCAGGCUCUUUUGAGCCAGACCACCCCCUUUUACUCUCCUUAUCGGGCCCUGGUGACAGAAGACCCAAGCCGAGUGGUCAAAGCCGCCACCCGGGAAAGCACAACCGCCCUAAAAGCCUGGCUCAACGAGCACCUUAAGAACCCCUACCCUACCAAAGGCGAGAAGAUCAUGCUGGCCAUCGUGACUAGGAUGAGCCUGACUCAAGUGUCCACUUGGUUUGCCAACGCUAGGAGGCGACUGAAGAAGGAGAACAAGAUGAGCUGGGUGCUGGCAAGGAGCAAAUCCGACGAGGAGGAGAGUGAUGGGGAUGAGGAUGAGAGUACGGGUAAAGGAGAAAGUGGGGAAGAGGAGGAGGAGGAAGAGCAAGACAUCGAAUUGCACACCUCAGUGGAGUCAUGUGAGAAGGAGGCAUCAAACCAUGAGCCUCACCAGAGCACAGGAGGGUUCCCUGAAAUGGCCAGCAGCCUUACUGUGGAUAACAAAAUGCAGGCAUAUAAACACGAUCCACCCAAAAAAUUGGAAGGCAAGGUAGACGUUAACGAACUGACGGAUCGAAAGGAUGCUGCACACAAGGGUCUGGAGCCAAAAGAGAGCACAGAGCCCCCUAAGCCUAAAAUCUGGUCUUUAGCCGAGACUGCGACUUCUUGUUCAGCCACGGGUUCGGGUAACAAAACAAACCUCAGUCAUAACAGCAACCAGGACAUUGGAGCUUUGUGGGCGGAGCUGGCCAUCAGGAACGGACACUACUUUCCGGUUCAUUUUCCCACUGAUCCUCAAAGAAGCGCAAGGGCGGGAGAUUUGGGAGACUGCUAACCUGCCUUCCCUAAUUCUCUCCACGUGCACUUACAUUUGUAUUUAUUUUUAUUACUUCAUUGUUGAACAUACCGCACAGUCCAGGGAACUCUUUUUUAAAAGAUCGCGGAAUUAAAAGUCGAACGUUUAGCCUUGGCGUUGGGGCUUUCCGUGUCCAUAAAGAAGUCAAAUCGACGUUCUGUAGAUGCUCUGUAAUUUUGUACAUUUUGUAAAUAUACAGUUUGUAUACUCGACUUUGGUUGUAUAUUUUAUGUAAUAAAUUUUAUUAAGAACUGUU